GGCACCGCGCUGGAUUUCUUUUCUUCCAGUCUUGUCAAGAACCGCAAACAGACCGCGCAGACUGCCGAUCGCCGUUGAAUACCUGUUUGAGCUUACUAUCGCCAUUAAAGGUGCUUUAGGUAUAAUGGACUUGUAGAGACUGGUGUUACUGGGUAUGUCAAGCAAACUUCAUGGAUCGUCCAUAGCUCGUGCCUGCCCAAUUGCGAACAGCGUUGCACGCUGAUAAAGCGGAAAAUGAUUCUACCCUUCUCCAAGUGGCGACUUUCACUCUCGAACGUAUGUGUUAACCCGUGACUAAUCAUAAACGAUACUUUGACCUACUCAGCAACAAUCUAGCCGAGACCCCGCCGUAAUUAUCUCGAGCAGCGUUCGAACCACGUUAAUUACGACAAGCGUAACGUCGCAGCCGGUGGGGACUGGUGGGUAGCUAGCUGUACUAGUGCGAGACAGUCAUAGAGAGUUGGCGGGAGUCAGACGGAGUCGGAGCCGGAGGGAGUCGUAACGAAGUCGCAGAAAGUCGUAGAGAAUCGUAAAGGAAUCGUACCUGAGAAUCGGAGAGGAAUCGGAGAGAAUCGGGGGCCGUCGGAUGCGCGAAGAUGCAGCGCGUGCAUUCGAAUCAGGCGCUGCCGCCCGGCGCAGAUGACAUCGAGCUCAAGGACGAUCCGCUUAUCGCCGCCGUUGCCGCUGCCGCGGCUUCCGCGGCGGCGGGAGGCGUGUGCACGCCGCCGCGCAGCCGCUCCUAUACCAACGUGACAAUAUCGGGCGAAAUUGAGACAGUCCGUAAGUUCAGGAGGAGGCGGUCUGAGUGCUCCUGCCCGCUGCACCAGAUAGCCAUCUCCGUUACAGUCUUCUCCUUUAUGGCCUGGGUGACAUACCUCUUUCUGACCAAGGACGAGUGACACAGCAUCUAGGUGCUCUUAGCAUGACGCAUUGAAACUCACAAUAGCCGCUAUCUAUUAUUACGACCAUAACUACGUACAAGUGAACUGAUCAAUCACAAGUGCUUUCUCUAGGUUGGCAUGAGUGGUACCGGUACCGGAGUUGCCCACCUGCUGUGGUGUGGUGUGGGGGCAGAGGUUGGAUGGACACCAUGUGCACGGCACAUUCCUGUUGCCUGCUCCUGCACAGGCAUACAGUACAUGUAAUAUGCUAACUGCGUGUGCAACGCUCCAUCUGAGAGUUCUUAUUUUGUAAGUUGAACAUG